AUGACUAUAGCCCUUGGUAAAUUUACCAAAGAUGAAAAUGAUUUAUUUGAUAUUAUGGAUGACUGGUUGCGAAGGGACCGUUUCGUUUUUGUAGGCUGGUCCGGCCUAUUGCUCUUCCCUUGUGCCUAUUUCGCUUUAGGGGGUUGGUUCACAGGUACAACCUUUGUAACUUCAUGGUAUACUCACGGAUUGGCCAGUUCCUAUUUAGAAGGCUGUAAUUUCCUAACGGCCGCGGUUUCUACUCCUGCUAAUAGUUUAUCGCAUUCUUUAUUAUUACUAUGGGGUCCUGAAGCACAAGGAGAUUUGACCCGUUGGUGUCAAUUAGGUGGUCUGUGGACUUUUGUUGCUCUGCAUGGUGCUUUCGGACUAAUAGGUGGUAAUGACAACUCUGAUUCAAAUAAACAGUCUAAUGAAGGUGGUAAGAGGGAUUCUUUCAAGCGGAGGCAAGAAUUGCUCGUCAAGAGUGGGCUUGUUGAGAUGUUAUACGGACUGACCGGAUUUCCCUCGGCUGGAGCGUCGACCAGCACGGCCGUAGGAAUCAGGACUGCCUCAGUCGGGAUGGAGGGGUCGCGCGCCGGAGGUGGUCCCCGCUGUUUUUCUUGCGGCGAGGCCGGCCACCAUCAGUCCGCCUGUCCCCGCCGCAACAGCUCUCGGGCUCUACUGGCAGAUGACUUUGACGGCUCGGCGGAGGUAGCUUAUGAUGGGCCGCCAAAGUUUGAUGUCGAGCCAGACCCGGAGGAGGAACAUCUGUGUGGUGACGAGGGCCUUGCUUUGGUUGUUACUGGAGGUGCUGAUAGAAUACUCCACCCUAUUUUGGAUGAAAAGUUGAGCCAAUUGCAUGAAGUUAUUGCAUCCAUUGCUUGCCAGCCUAAGGUGGAUGAGCCCGAACAAGAGCACAUUCUCGAACAUUUUCAUUCGAGUCGGGCCAUCAGGAAACUCGUUCUAGACUGCCCUGCAUUUGCUUCGACUCUCUGGGAAAAGGCUCUGAAAGGAAAAUGUGAAAUAUGGUCCAAGGGUCACAGGUUAGAGGCACUUGUUUUGAACGUAAUUAAUGCGUACUUAGAGACCUCCGACUCUAUGGUGAAGAAGUUGGCCGAAGACGAAUUGCAGCCUUUGGUAGAGAGAGGCGAUCUGUCUUUACCUGCAGCCGAUGAAUCGGGUAAAAAAGAUUAA